CUAAUAGUCUUUAAUAAUAUUAACCGAGAUAGCAAAAGGUGCAAUACUAACCCUAACGCAUAUAAUAUUACCCGGUAUCUCUCCGGAGCAGACCACAGAUUAGUGCUAAUUAUAAGUCGGCUUGCUAACUUAGAGCAACUCGGUAAGUCGCGGAAGCUAGGUAAGCUUAGCAAUAACUAA